AUGGACGCACAGCUACAAGCUCCACCUGCACCAGUCUUCUUGUCUGAAGGCUACACGACCGAGCAAGAGUCUGUGAUGUGGGUCAGAGUCCAUGACCAGCAUCUUCAGAAUAUCGACAUCAUAAACAAUGAUGGCGAGAGGCUCUUCUCCGUUGAAGGCCCAGGUGGCUACAGCUCGAUGACACUGAGAAGGCCAUUGAAGGAUGCCUCGGGGCAGCCAGUGUUUGACCUGCGCCGCAAGCUAGGGUGGCAUGCAGAAGACCCUGAUGGCAAUAAAAUCGCCGAGAUUGCUCAUAAGAAAUUCUUCACCUCGAAGCACACAGCCGUGGACGCCAAGAUCUUGGGAUCCGGCGCUGUUGUCGAGAUGCGACCGCGUGAUGCAAUGGGGUUAACAAAUUAUUUUAACAUUGGCAAUUCUACAAUUGCAGAGAUCUCCUUCCAUUUGAACAACAUCAAGGAGCGUUUUGUGCGGGAUCGGGAUAUUUCGGUCUUUCGGGUUCGGGUUGCCGAAGGGGUAGACCUCGGCUUGGUCACCCUGAUGGCACUCAUUCGAGUGGAGAUGGCGCAUGUUUGGAGAUAG